GUCCAAAUACACAUAAAUGGCCGCCAUUGUGAAAAUCUGAAAAAUCUGGAAAGAAAAAUUGAAAAUAUCAAUUGAUUGUGACAUGAGUGGGCUUAAUGAGGUGACCAUUUCUCCAGUGCUCCUACAGGCCAUAUCACAGACUCUGACCUCCACCAAGGACCGACAUACUGUCAGCAUGCAACCCAACAUCAAUGUCAAACAGGAGAUGAUUGAUGACCUCCAGGCCUCUGGAGGUCACUCUGUCAAUCACAUAUUGCAGGGUAUGAAUGAACCUGUUGCUGAUCAUUCUCGUCUACAUUCCAGAUCAGUAUCAUCAGAUCUAGAAAAUACUGCUGAAAGUUCAGGCCAAGUGUUUCCUUCUGAAACCAUCAACAUCUCAACAGAAAACAUUAAGAGCAUGUUAAAAUGGAAAAUCGACCAGCUGCAGCAACAGAAUGCAUUAACCAGUGCUGUACAUCAGGUGCAGGACGAGACCAGACUGCAGGACCAAGAGAACACAUCUGACCGGGAAACCAUCAUCAUAAGCUCAAACUCUGGAGGGGACUUAAGUAUGGUCAAUGUGUUAUCUGCCCUUGCAUCUCACCACUUGAAAACAGGUGGAGAUAAAGAAAAAGAAAACAACACAGUGACAGAAACUGUUUCUCAAACUGCUGACAUUACUCAAAUGCACUCGAAAGGCACUGAUGUGCAGGAGCAGGAAAAACAGAUGAUUCUUUGUUAUCAGGACAACAAUGGUCAGGUGAAUGUGCCGUCACCAGUUAAUGACGUGGUGGUGUCCGACGCUGGAGGCCAGCCAGUUGGCAUGGUGAUUGAGCAAGAUGGACAACGAAUUUACAUGCCUAAUACAGACAAAUCCAGCAGUGUUGGUCUGGACCGUUCAUCAAUCAUGAAACAGUUUCGUUAUUCAGAGGAUGGCAAUUUUACAGUGAUUAAUGAAAACGCACCGGUGGAGGUGAUAUCUACUAUGCCAAGGGAGUCGGGGCUACCUCCAGACCCCUCCAUGGGACCAUGUCCAAUUUGUGGGGAUGCAAUUUCAGGUUACCAUUAUGGGAUAUUUACAUGUGAAAGUUGUAAAGGAUUUUUUAAAAGAACUGUACAAAACAAGAAAACAUUCGCUUGUCAUCGAAAAGGAGAUUGUGAAAUAACAAAGCUAAGUAGAAAGAAGUGUCCAGCAUGCCGGUUCGCUAAGUGUAUUAUCCAUGGUAUGAAACUUGAAGCAAUCAGACAUGACAGGAUGAGGGGAGGAAGGAGCAGUUACGACGGCUGUUCACCACAUGGACGUCCUAAAGUCUACCCACUGGAACUUGCAUCUACACCUAAACCUCCCAGACGCACCCCAGGUUCUCAGCGUAAGGCAGCACCAAGUGCCAAUAAUCCCAACACUUCAUUAGAAAAUGUGCAUGUGACUUUGCCGACCGGUGAAGAUAUUUCUGGGAGCCAGCUCAUGGCAAUUCUUAAUCGCAAUGGAAAAUCUGUGCCAGAAGAAACUGUAAAGCCAUUUGUUCCUCAUUUACUGACAGAAAUCAUGAAUGUUGAAUCAUAUUUAUGUGACGAUGAAAACCAAGCAGAUUUUCCAGCAGAUCGUUUGUCAGAAAAUGACCCAACAUUUAUGUUGUCCUUGCUACAAUUAGCUGAGCUUCGACUGUACAAGCUGGUUCGUUGGGCUCGAAAUCUUCCACAGUUCAGUGCAAUAGCAACAGACGAUCAGAUCCUGCUGCUUCAGAACUGCUGGGCUGACUUGCUGCUCUUCAACUGUUGUAUGCGUUCUAUACAGAGUACAACAGAAAUAUUCCUACCAAUGGGCAAAUCCAUUGACAUGGAGAAGGCCAUCAAAUUAGGACACGGUGCUGACGAUAUUGUGUCCAGACUGCUAGCCAUCACAGAUCAGUUAAGACGUCUACAGGUUGACCAGUAUGAGUUUGUGGCCCUGAAAGUUCUCAUGCUUAUCACACCAGAUGUGAAAGGUCUGAAAGAGCCAGGGAAAGCCCAGGAACACCAGGACUCCAUCUGUGAAGCCUUAGGACUUUACACUAACUCUCAUUAUCCACAACACAACAACAAAUUUGGUGAAAUGCUGCUACGCCUCCCUGAGAUCUCUCGUGUCAGUAUGAUUGGCAAAGAGAUUCUCAACACAGUCAUGCCGCCAGAAUUCACCUCCUGCGGCCUCCUGUUUGAACUCCUCAAGGGAGAUGGUCUGAAGGAUGAAACAUAAACUUGACUGGAGUUGAAACCUUUGUGGCCUCAUGUUAAAACUUACAUGUACCAGGUACAUUACAAACUACACAGAUUUUAUAUCAAAUAGGAUUUGCAAAGCUGCAAGAAAAUCCAGAUGGCAAGCCUUCUGGUUUAAUUUCUUUUCUUUUUUUUUUUGUUAUGAGGUCAUAUAUGUUAUAUAUUUAAGGCAUUUCUUACAACAGCAAAUCAUUUUGUCAUUGCGUCAGUAUCAAAGAAUUUUAUCCACAAAUUUACAGCGAGCGGGACUGAAAAAUCAGUAUGUAUCACUAUAUAACAUAAAAAGACACUUGUAUUAUGCUAAACAAUUUAGAGGAUAUACUUCAAGAUAACAAGACCAGAUUAAUUUUUCAAUCAUAAUUUUUUCUUGGAACAGGCAUAUCUUAUUCAGCCCAUAUCAUCAUUGUUCAAUCAUUUAUUUGAUACUGACAAUUUAUAAUUACCAAUCAGAAUACGAUACUACUAUUAAUUAAUGCUCAAUGUACGUGUGGAACUGCUGGCUGUUGAAUAACUUAAAGAAUAAUGAAAACAAAUUACAUGAUUUCCAAUGUCAGUGAAUUUCUUUUAAGUUUCAUAGGAGACCCUGUAUUAACUCGUUACUGAUGUAAAAAAUGUGAAGUGACCAGCUGAUUAUCUACUAGACGUCAUAUUCGUGUUAGAUUCAGUUGUUUUGCGAAGAGAGCUAUUUUUAAUUCAUUAAACGUCAUUUUACAAAAAUUACCAAACACGUUAUUCCAACCUAUAUUUGUCACUCUUGUUGACUCAAGGGUUCUUACUCUGGGAGGAAGCAAGAGUAUUAUGCUGAAAUGAACAAUGACGUCUGUUACAUUGAUGCCCCUUUAGGAACUUGGGGAUAAUAGUGACCCUAAAAUACUCGAUGGACAAGAUCUUUCCAAUGUAUUGCUCAGCUAAAGUGAUGUUCCUUUAGCUUGAUCUGCUCAGCGUCAGACUAAUAAGAUGGAGGUCCCAGUUUUGAAUAGUAUUUGAGGCGUUGAAAUAAAUGAUGACCUCGGCUAAAAGAAAUUUUUGCUAUUAUUCUUGGCUAAAUCAAAACUGAUUUUUGUUGCAAUGCAUUUUAUGCAGCAUCGUUUUUAGAGUACAUCUUAAAGUCACAUCAUAAAUAUUAAAUAUUUCCAUACAGAUUUUGCAAAGUCUUGAUUCAAUCCCUCUAAAAACCUGAUUUUGUUAGCCAACCAUCAUUAGAUGGUGGGUUAUUUAAAUCACCUUAGCUCCAUUGUUCGUUAUUCAUCAAUAGGCAAUUCUUGUUAUCACAAUUUCUUGAGAAGUACUCAAUGAGCCUUUGUCAAAUUAACAUAUGUAGGCUCCCCUUAUUCCACAGUCGUACCAAUUUGAUUUAGGCUCCCCUUAGUCCACAGUCGUACCAAUUUGAUUUUAGUCUCCCCUUAGUCCACAGUCGUACCAAUUUGAUUUUAGUCUCCCCUUAGUCCACAGUCGUACCAAUUUGAUUUUAGGAAUGAGCCAAUGAACAACAGGGGUGACAUGACCACCUUGGAUUUGAUUAUAAAAGCUUGUUAUUGCUAUUUUCUGACAAACAUUGGUUGGAUCUUUUUUAUAUUUUAUAUGUAGGUACCCCUUGGUUGCUAGUUGUACCUAUUUUGACUUUUGGACUCGUCAGAAAUCGGCAACCAUCUUAGAUGUGACAGUUAAAGACUGUAUAGCUAUUUUUGAGGUAUUUUUAAAAUUUCAUAUAAUUAACGGAAAGAGCACAGAAAAAAAACCCAGAAAACAAGGGAAAACUCUUAAAAGAAAAUAUAAAGACCAAACAAUUGUGGACACAAAGAUCUCACAAGGAUCUUUUUUAUCAAACAGCUGGUACAAGAAUUAUGCUUCAACAGAGCAGAACUUGAUAUUUGCAUAAAAUAACAUUGAACUGGAAUAAAAACUUUUAUUCACUUGUUCAUGAUUGUUUUGAAAGACUCUGUCAUCAGUUGGAAAGGAUUAGUAAAAAUUUUCUGUAAGAUUUAACAGGAAAUAUCUCUAAGUUCUCUGUUUUGCUUAUCUCAUUUAUACAUGAUGCAAUUUUCUUUAAAUUUUGUGCUUCUCGUAUUAGUCCUAGAAAAUGUUACUUUGUAUAAAAAUAUUUGUAAAUGUCACCAGAUUUCUAUUUUGUAUGAUAUCACAGUGCCAUGAUACAGUCCCCUGGUGUCAUCAGUGAUCAAGUGACCUUUCAUAUCUGCUCUAUUAAAACAUGUCAUGUGCUCAGGAUAUUCUGUAUGUAUAAAGCUCAGAAAAAAAAUUACCAAAUUUCGAUGAUGUGGUAAUUGGAAUGGAAAAUGAGACAAUGAAAACUCCCCAUGUAAAUCAAAUCCCUAUGGAAAACACUUUUACAGAUAAAGUUAAGACAUGCCUAUGGAUCAAGAUUCUAACAGGAAAGGUCUCUUUCCCUUUUUGAAAAGGAAAGACGUUUAUUGACUGCUCAUUGUUGAUCAGUGUAAGAGCUGUGGAUUAUUAAUAGAAUUUCUGUAUUAAAUCUUAAACUUUGAUCUAGUAUCACCAUUUGUAAUGAAUUAUUUCAAUUUUCUGAACUUUACUGUUUUCUAUAUGUAACCGCCAUCAUCAGAACUUACUUGUAAAAAGUCUUAUGUUCUUGUAAUGAUAAAUCAAAUUAAGCUCAAAGAGGAGGAAAGAUGGAAGCUGUGUUGCUCAAUAGCAAAUUGUAUGUUUCUGAUUCAUAGAUGCCAUGUACAUCAGGUUAUUAUGAUAAUUUGUUGUUUAAUCAUGAUUAUAGUCUAAUCAUAAGGAUCAUGUUUCAUCGUAAUCUAGUUUAGCAGUAUAAAGUUUUUUCCUGGCUUUGACAUAUUGCUCCAAAAGAAGAAAUGAAAAUAAUAUUGUAGUCUACAUAUAUAUACAAAAUUAUUUGAUGGAAACUAGAGUCAAGCACAAAUGAAGGUCCUUCAUAUGUACAAAAUGUAUAAAGACUUAGAUGAAUUUUAAUAUUAAAAACCGACCAGGUUUCAAUGGCUGAUUUUUUUAAGGUUAAAUGAAUUUGAAAUGACUGAUGCAGUAACACAAUUUUUUAUUGUUUAAUUUUGUCAAAUUUUCCUUGAUUUAUUUAGUGUUUGUUUUUGAGGUUAUAUUGAAAAAAAAUAAUGUUAAAUACUUAAGAAAAGGAGGUUACAAUAAGUUCAUAUAUUUCAGAAAAUGUUAUGGUGUUUAGUACAUGAAAUAAUGCCUUAAAUUUUUAAUUAAAUGUUUUAUAUUUGAAAGAAAAUUCUGGACUUUUGCAUUUGGCACUAUAGCUAUUAUCCUUCUCUUAUCUAGAGCAAGGAUGCAUGUAUUCAUUAUAGAGCAGUUACUUACCACUGCUACGAUUUCAACAGAUACACGAGAAAAUAACUCGUCAUGUAGGUGUAUGGUACAGCAUUGUUAAUGUAAGAAAUAAAAAGACAGAAAAGUGCUUUUAGUAUAGAAAAUUAGGCAACUGCUGAAACAUGGUUUUAUAUGUUAAUGUAAUUUUGAAUAACUCAUCUUACUGAUGUUGAUUAUUCUGUUCCUCGUCAAUCAGAUAAUGAAAGAAAACACAACUUUUGUAGCCAGAAUUGUACAUCUAUUCUGAGAACGUUUGAGUCCCAAGUUUUAGUUUGUUUCAAAUAAAACUAGUAAACAGCCUGGCAUUGGUGAUAUCAGCACUAUUUUGCAGAAUUUCUCUUGAAGGAUGGCAAAAGUAGAGCUCUCUUUUUAAUUAGAAAAGUGUAAAAGAAACAUUUGGAGAAAAUAUGAGAAAAAAUUUGGUUGUGAUUUUUUUCUUAUUUGUUAUGAAGCCAGUAAAUGAUAAUUUCCCACUGUUGUACAUGUACAUAAUACAGUGUAGUAUGUCUUGUAAUUUUAACGGAACCCUUUCAUUCUUACAUCUUAUUUCUAACUGGGGUAGACUUAGAUACUGUUGAUAUAUAGUGUAGGUUUUUGUCUACAUAUAGUAUCGUUUGUACGUCAUUCUAUGAAUCUUUCAGGGUUUCAUAAACUUGAUGCCUAUUGCUUAUAGAUAUAUUAUGUUUAUACAGACCAAUAAUGUGCUUGAAAGCAUUUAGAUGUCUUGUACAUUAAGAAUUUGUGAAACACAAUCUUCUAUGUUGUGAUUGUAUGACCAAUGUAUUUUAUUUUUUAUUUAUUAGGAUCAAUGUGUGGUACAAAUUGUUGACUGUAUGUCAUUAUACAGUAACUGUAUAUAUAUACAAUGCACUACAAAUCUCCUCCUUUUCACAGAUAUUUGAGGCGAUUCAGUACCAUUCGGAGAAAGUCCGUUUUAUGUGGUAUCAUAUUAACCCCAUAGACAAACUUGUUAUCCCUCACAGGAAUAAAAUGUAAUACAUACUA